UGGAUGGCUCGUUUCUCGCCUUGUUUUCAAUCAUGGCGGUUACAAUCUUCAUUGGUAACCUUCUCACGUGCAUAGUCUUUCUGUCCAAAACACGUCUUCGAGAAACCUACAUGAACGUGUUUCUCAUCAGUUUAGCAGUGUCUGAUUUUCUGGUAUCGAUCCUCGUAUUCCCAGGUUAUACUACAGUAUGUUCUUGUUCUUGCGUAACGGCAGUGCGGUUUCGACACUGUAAGCUAUUGGAAGGCAUCAAGGACUAUGUACUAUUAGUCAACGUCUUUAACAUUCUGUGUAUCACGUUUGAUCGUUACGUCGCCGUGCUACAGCCAUUGAACUACAAUAGUAAGAUAAAUAAGUCAUCCUCGGCAACGAUGCUAGUGUGUGCGUGGACAAUUCCAUUACCACUUGCUUACAUGAAACCGCUAUUAGUGGCUGUAAAUGAAGAAAUAUUCCGCCAAAAAGUCAACCGAUCUAUAUAUGACAUCGUGGCAGUGAUAGUUUUUAUCAUGAUACCUAUGUGCAUAAUUGUUGCAGUCAAUGGUCUCAUUAUUAAUGUAAUUAGGAAACAAACAGCUCGAAUCAACCCUCUGGGAAAUACCCACAGUAAUACAUCCAACAUCGAGUCAGAUGGUGGUCUUGAAUCUCAUAUGUCACUUAAAAACAAUCCCCGCCAACUAUACGAUGAUCAUAUCACACAACAUCAACCUCCAGUGUCACGUGAUAAUCUAUUAGCCGUUCAAGACUCGACCUUGCGAGAAUCACGUUAUGAUAACAUUGUUGUUGAGAGCUCUUCAAUUAGUGUUGAGGUAACCUUAGUAAACUAUGACGUACAUCAUGACAAUAUUGAGAAUGGAAAUAACACACAGGGGUCACGUGACAAUAGCAUUGUAAAUGGUCCAAUCAACGUCGAGAAUUACGGCAAACAAACGACAAUGAGUAAUAAUGAUAGCAAUAACCCGUCAUUGCGACCCAUGCCAGCAAUAACCACGAGGCUAAAAACGUUGACUCGUCAGAUCAAAGACAGCAGUGGGACCCGAUCAUGUUUAGCAGUGUCUGCGAUCUUUGUGGUCUGCUGGAUACCUUGGUCGUUGUUUAACGUAUUAAGGCCAUUUUCUCGCGAUGUCCUCCAUGACGUCCACCUCAUCGAGAAAAUAUCUUUGUUGUUCUUGUACUUUCAGUCUAUGACGAACCCGUUUGUGUAUUCACUUUAUCGAAAAGAUUUUAGAGAAGCAGCCAAAGAUCUAUUGAACAAAUUGAGAUGAGCUGGCUCUUUACAAUUCUCAUUCUCAAUAGCACAUCUUCUUUUGAAACUUUUCUCGUACCCAGAUUGUUCUCAGUUUCCUAAUGGAAAAUCAAAGGCUCUGGGCGGAGACGAUACCGGAAGACCCAGAAUCUAUUAUAUGCAUACUGAUGAUACAUGGGAAUUUUUAAACCAAUCAAAUCAAAGACUCAUUUGUCUGGGUACGAGAAUAG